GGUGAACCGUGAACCUAGUAACCUACGUCUUUCUUCCUCRUGGACGGACGGGCGGUUUACUWCUCAAAAGUCAAAACUUUAAUGUUAUAACUUGCAUCAUAAAAAAUAACAAUUCUUAAAUACAUCAUUAUUCAUUACACAAUAUUUUAAUAUUAUGAGUGGACAUUACACGAUAAAAAACGUAUACUACGAAGUAAUUUAACGACAUAUAACGUAUAUGUCAGAUGUCCCUGCUGUUAACGAUUAUAUUAUAAUAAUAUAAAAAUUGGUAGAGCAGUGAUAAACAUAAAAUAUUAUAUUAUCCGAUUAUCGUUAAAUUAUUCUUYGAACGACUUUUCGGUUGGAAUAACCAGUUUAAAUUGUACUUUUUAUUCUACUUAAGUUAUAUUAUUACGUUGUUUGUGGCAGUUGACUCAUCACUCAUUGAUUGCAAAAAAAAAAAAAAAGGUUUGCAACCAAAUUCCAAAUUAUAUAAUUGCAAAGUAAAUUAUACAUUAUGACUACUCCAUCAUCCACAACCAGCCAAAAACACAAGGCGUUUUCUGGGGAGCCUAUGCGAGACAAACCAGUUGAAGAUCUCGCUGGUAUUGGAUCAGUACUAGCUACUAGACUAAGAGAACAAGGAUUCAACAAAGCUUACAAUGUAUUAGKUCAAUUUCUUCUUUUAGAGAUGGAUCAAGAGUUAUUCUGUGACUGGUUAAAAGAUACCAUAAAAGCUAAUUCAAAACAAUCAAAAGAUUGUCAUGCAUGCUUAAAAGCAUGGUGUGAUGAAUUUUUGUAGAUAAAUUUUGUAUGUUGUAAUAAUAAUUCAAAAUUCUUAUGUUA